AUGGCGUACAAUAGAACAGAAAGAUUUCCAAAAAUAAUUAGUCAAACAUCUCCUAAGAUUGGGCCAGGAACUUACGACAUAUCGGACUUGCCUCCGCUUGAAAGACAUCUUGGUAUUAUAUUAUUAAGUAAUCUAAAAUACUUAGAAACAUUAAGACAUGAAAUUCUUCUGAUAGCUGACUUUCACCCCUUUCUCUCUGGAUCAAAGAGAAGAACGAUUACUAUACCAAGAGAUGCCGAAAGUUUACCAGGACCUGGCACGUACAAUACAAAGGAACCCCAUAUACGACAUAUACCUGAACGUAGUUUCCAAAAAUUAAAUUCUCCGAAAUUGAAUCUAGACAAGAAUCCGCGAUGUAUUGAUUUCACGGAUGCCAGAUUUAAGGAGAAGAUAUCCGAAGGACCAGGUCCACUUGAUUACCACGUAGCUACAGAUUUUAUUAAAUUGCGAAAAACAAGAUCUCAUCCUGGUGCCCGGAAAGGUCCCAUGGGCAAACUAUGGUUAACUCGACCCCCUCGUUCGAUUGUUCCCACCGCUACAUCGGUUCCAGAUAAAAACUACACAGGAUACAGUAUCAAUCAGUAUGGAAGUCUAGUAAAGAAUCCUCUUCUCAGGAAGAAACCAAUUUUCUUCUAUAAUGUUCCUCGAGAAGAAGCAAAUACGACGACAUUACUCUACAAAGGUAACUUUUGGAGCAGAAUGACAGGGAGGGAAGAGGCUCGACCCUCUUUGGCUCCGGGCCCUGGAGAUUACGAACAUGAAACCAAGAAAACAGCUGCUCAGAUUUACGACGAGAAAAUAAGAGAAGAGAGGAGAAUGACUUCUCGCCAAUCACGUUUCCUUGACACAUUGUACAGAAGAAAAACGAACGAAAAUUUUCCAGCACCGAAUGCAUAUAACAUAAAGGGCAAUUUUGACAAAGUCUUCAAGAUUGAUUGCAAGUGUGAUUCUUCUGUCACAGAACCACCUCCAUUUGGCCAAACUGCCAAGAGAUUCGAAGAUAAACUGGCAUCUGAUGUACCUGGUCCAGGUACAUACGAUCCACCUGUUCUAUUAAAAUGUACAGGAUCAAUUUAUCUUGCGCCAUUUGGCACCUGUGCUGGUCGUUUUCAAAAAGUUCCCGAAGACACUGGACCGGGACCUAGCGAUUACCAUUUGAGUGUCGGCAACUUAGCAUACGAGUCAGAGAAGCGAUGCAAGUAUGCUUUUUUGAGACAGACACAUCCACGGAGAUGUUUCGAAACAAUUUCUUUGUAUCAAGAUAUAGAAGAUUAUGAUGACGUGCGUUCUACAGAGAAAACCGAAGAAAAGAAGUGUGCCGUUUAUCAUGCUGCUUUUAAAUCUAAGACAACGAGAUUCCUUGAAAUCAGAAAGAAGGAUUAUCGAGAAUUGUUCUUUCUAUACGUAAGAAUACGUACGCAUGGUCCUUCUGCAGAUGGAAAUAAAAGUGUAUUGGAAACGAAGCGACCGGCGCCCCCGGAUCCUGGCGCUUACGACGUCUUAACGGCUUUCAGGGCAAAUCGUGAUAAAUGUGAUUUCCUCUGUCCCCGAUUAGCUCCUCCCUUCGGAACGCGUAGCAGCCGAUUGCCAAAGAGUCCACGUGACAUCGAAGACAUGCCAGAUCCGACGUACUAUAACCUGGCCAGCGACAUAUCAGAAAACGUGAGGGGCGGAGUGAUCCCCGAAUCUGAAAAGAUAGAAGAAAUUUCAUUCGCCCCGUCGCCAACUCGUUACUGCAUUCAUCCAUACCUUUCGUCGUCCAUUUCAAAGAGAUCGUUCAACGUCACCUUGGGUGAAUCUAAAGUUAUCACAAACUGGACGAAACAUGAGAAAGGGAAGAAAGACCCUCGUUGUCCCUGU